AUGGCGUCUGAGAAGCACCACGGGGACCUCGAGUCCAAGCCUCAUGACAACUUCGUCGAGGUGUCGGGCGAGGACGAGAAGGGCGGUGUACUCCAGGCCGGGGGUGAUUACUCUGGUGCGGUCAAGAAGACCAGCGCCGAGGAGAUUGCCCUUGUGAGAAAGCUUGAUUGGAGAAUCAUGCCAACUCUCUGGGCCAUGUACUUUCUCAACUACCUCGACCGAAACGCCAUCGCCCAGGCCCGUCUCGACGGUCUCGAAGAAGACUUAGGUCUCGAGGGCUCACAAUACAACACAUGUAUCUCAAUCCUCUUCGUCGGCUACCUCUUAAUGCAGAUUCCCUCCAACAUGCUCAUGUCCUCCCAACACAUCCGUCCCUCCAUCUACAUGGGCUGCUGCAUGAUGGCCUGGGCCGUCGUCUCCGCCUGCACCGCCCUCGCAAAGAACUACGCCGGCCUCGUCGCCGUGCGCUUCUUCCUCGGCGUCACCGAGGCCCCCUUCUACCCGGGCGCCAUCUACAUGCUCUCCAUCUUCUACACCCGCAAGGAGAUCGCCACGCGUCUGUCGGUGCUGUACACGGGCAACAUCUUCGCGACCUCCUUCUCGGGCCUCAUCGCCGCGGCUGUCUUCAACACCGUCGACGGCAACCACGGCCUCAGCGGCUGGCAGUGGCUGUUCAUCAUCGAGGGCUGCCUCACCUUCGGCGUCGCGCUCAUCGGCAUGUUCACGCUGGCGGACAGCCCGCUCACGACGCGCUGGCUGAAGCCCGAGGAGCGCCAGCUCGCGCACGAGAGGAUGUUAAGGGACACUGUUGGUCUGGAGGAGAGCAAGGGCGCGAUGGCCGGGUUGAAGCAGGCUGUUCGUGACCCGAGGCUGUGGCUGCUUGCUUUUAUUCAGAACAUGCAUCUGUCGGCUUGCGGGUUCAACAACUUCUUCCCCACGGUCAUUGGGUCUUUGGGCUUCAACUCGACUAUCACAUUGGUGCUGACGUGCCCGCCCUACCUCGUCUCGGGCUUCUUCGGCUACAUGGUCGGUCUGUCCUCCGGCAAGUACAACGAGAGAACGUGGCAUAUCACCGGAUGCAUGGGCCUAGCCAUCGUCGGCUUCGUUAUCUCCUGCGCGACGCUCAACACAGCCGCGCGCUACGUCUCCUGCUUCCUCUUUGCUUCUGGCGCCUACGCCGUCAACGCCCCCAUCCUAGGCUGGGUCUCCGCAACCCUCGGCUCCACCCCCGAGAAGAAGUCCGUGAGCAUCGGCAUCGUCAAUGUCAUCGCCAACGCAUCCUACGUGUACACGGCCUACCUCUACCCCAAGAGCGACGGGCCGCGCUACCUGACGGCCAUGGCUAGCAACGCCGCGUUCGCGUUCGCGUGUAUUGCAGGGACCUGGGCGCUGCGGUUCUGGCUGAUGCAGACGAACAAGAAGCUGGGCGCGAGCACGACCAAGUACGCCUACUGA